GAGGGGGGCGGCAGUGAAGGGGAGGAACUACAGGGGACAGGCCUGGGGUGGUCCCCCUUCUGUAUCCCCAAAAUAGGCUUUGGUUCCCGCCCCAGCUGUGGCUCUGGGCUGUAGGGAGGCGCUGGCCAGAGCUGGGUUGCAGGCCCAACCUACUCCCACUCUGGACCCUGCCCAAGAAUUCCUGCGGAAGUGAGAAGACAGGCCAUAGGGAAGGCAGAUUGGAAACAGCUUGUCCCAACAGAAACGUGUGCUUCUGUGUCUCUCUGAGAGCGACCUGUUAACCCCAGAUCUCUGGAAGGUCUGGCACAUGGAGAACGACACGCCAAGCCGAGGGGAGUCCGUCCCUCUCAAACCCGGGGCCAACAGUCUGGAGAAUGCAGGAGCUGAUACCCUGGAAAGCCUGGAGGAAGGACGGCUCCCUGGCAGCGACUGGAGCCCCACAGAGGCCGGGCACAGCCGGAGUGAGGCGGGGCCGGAGCCCUCCUCCAGCUGGUGGAUCCUGCAGCCGUUCCAGAGAGUGAGACGCUUCUACAGGGAGCACAAGCAGCUGAUUCGACGCAUCUGCAUAGGCCUGCUCUGUACCGGGUACGCAGCCUUCCUGCUGGCUGCCUGCAUCCUGAAUUUCCAGAGGGCCCUGGCGCUGUUCGUGCUCACCUGUGUGGUCCUGGCCUUCCUGGCCUACGGCCUGCUACAGAGGCUUCUGGCGCCCAAGCUGGGGAGGUGUAAGAAGCCUGAGGGCCAACCCCGCCUGAAGCUCUGGGCUAAGAGGGGCCUAGCUCUCGCGGCUCUCCUGUUCCUGGUCCUGUGGCUGUCUCUGGACACCUCCCGGAGGCCUGAGCAGCUGGUGUCCUUUGCAGGAAUGUGUGUGUUCAUCGCCGUCCUCUUUGCCUGCUCAAAGCAUCACCGCGCAGUGUCCUGGCGGGCCGUGUCCUGGGGCCUUGCGCUGCAGUUUGUCCUUGGACUCUUUGUCAUCAGAACAGAACCAGGAUUUAUUGCGUUCCAGUGGCUGGGCGACCAGAUCCAGAUCUUCCUGAGCUACACCAGGGAUGGCUCCAUCUUCGUAUUCGGGGAGAAUCUGGUCAACAGUGUCUUUGCCUUUCAGGUUCUGCCCAUCAUUGUUUUCUUCAGUUGCGUCAUGUCAGUUCUCUACUACCUGGGCCUCAUGCAGUGGGUGAUCCUUAAGAUUGCCUGGCUGAUGCAGGUCACCAUGGGCACCACUGCCACUGAGACCCUGAGUGUGGCUGGAAACAUCUUUGUGAGCCAGACUGAGGCUCCUCUACUGAUCCGGCCCUACUUGGCAGACAUGACACUCUCUGAAAUCCACGUUGUCCUGACCGGAGGCUACUCCACCAUUGCUGGCAGCCUGCUGGGCGUCUAUAUCUCCUUUGGGUUGUAUUUAAUCCGUUGGAACCUCAGUUUCCUCAUCUGUAAAAUGGGGAUAGCAGCACUUGCCCUACCUAACUUAGGGCAGCUCUGGGAGGAAGUACGAGUCCUGUACAUACAGCCUGUGACCCUCUAUGCACAAAAGAUCGAUGCUGCCUCAUUGAUUGCUGCGUCCGUGAUGGCUGCCCCUUGUGCUUUGGCCCUCUCAAAGCUGGUCUACCCGGAGGUGGAGGAGUCCAAGUUUAAGAGUGAGGAAGGAGUGAAACUGACCUACGGAGAUGCUCGGAACCUCAUAGAAGCAGUCAGCAUUGGGGCCACCAUCUCAGUGAAAGUGGUCACCAACAUUAUUGCCAACCUGAUUGCGUACCUCGCUGUGCUGGCCUUCAUCAACGCUGUCCUCUCCUGGCUGGGAAACAUGGUGGACAUCGACGGGCUCAGCUUCCAGCUCAUCUGCUCCUACAUCCUGCGGCCUGUGGCCUUCCUGAUGGGCGUGGCCUGGGAGGACUGCCCCGUGGUGGCUGAGCUGCUGGGGAUGAAGCUGUUUGUGAACGAGUUUGUGGCCUAUCAGGAACUGUCCAAGUACAAGCAGCGCCGCCUGGCAGGGGCUGAGGAGUGGGCUGGCACCAGGAAGCAGUGGAUCUCUGUCAGAGCAGAAAUCCUCACGACAUUUGCCCUCUGUGGGUUUGCCAACUUCAGCUCCAUCGGGAUCAUGCUGGGAGGCCUGACCUCCAUGGUCCCCCAACGGAGGAGCGACAUCUCCCGGAUCGUGCUCCGGGCGCUCUUCACAGGUGCCUGUGUGACCCUGGUCAACGCCUGUGUGGCGGGCAUCCUCUACGUACCCAGGGGGGCCGAGGUCGACUGCGUGUCCCUGCUAAACACAACCCUCAGCAGCACUAGCUUUGAGGUGUACCAGUGCUGCCACCAGGCCUUCCAGAGCGUCGGCCUGGAGUUCGGCCCAGUGGCCCUGAACACCUGCUGUCAGUUUUACAGCCACCCAAUCUGUGCGUAGCGCGGACGGACAUCCUUGUGCCUUCUGAGGGUUGUUCUUCCCCAGGAAGCACCUGUCCCCAUCUUCCGCUCUCCAGGCCCCUCCUCAGGGAAGCCGCAGGGCUUAGACCCUCAGUCGCACACUUGGCAAUGAAAGCAGCCACCUUGCUGAAAUGGCAGGAACAUACCUAAUCCCGCAAUUUGCUAACAGCAUGUGCAGAUGAGUCAUGAGCGGUGUCCCUGCUCUGUCUCUGCCUGGCUGGCAGGCACCCUGCAGGGACCCCUGUGCUCACAAAGGCCUGGAAGGAGCCAGCAGACAACAAGGGCCUGCAGAGCUUUCUAUUUGCAUGGGCAGAAUCUGCUUUUAGAAUUUGUGUUACAGCCUCCAGGGGUUCCUGGGAAGCCCCUGGAGGGACAGCGCGGGGCAAGCUGCAGGCCCCAGUUUCCUGCCCCAAACCAUAUCUGAGGCCAAAUCGCAUCCCCUGCGAUGAGCCUGACUACAUCUCAGAGAUACCAGCGUGUCCGGGAGCAGAAAAAGCAGGAAAGACGGACCGGCUGACAUUGCAGCCUCCUGCUACUUACUCCACAGCCACCUCUGCUUUAACUGACAGCAGUCACCAAUUCUUUUCUUUCUCUUUGUCCCCAUAAAAUCAGCAGGCCACUUGUCCUUCCUGCUGACACCCCUUCUCUUUCUUUGGGAUGCCACACCUUGUCCCUGUUCUCCCUGCCUUCCCUCUCUCUCUCUCUCUCACUCCUUUCUCCCCAAGAAGAUAAACUUUUUGCUUUAUGUAUACUAACCCCAGUGUGAGAAAUCCUUCUCCACCCGCACUGUGAGCACCUACUAGGCUUUCCACGCUAACAGGGCAGGCCGAUGGAGUCAGCGGGGACUUCAGUAAAGUGAGGACACCUCCCAGCCCAGCCCCUCUCUCUGCACCCCCACUUCCUACCUCCCCGAAACGUGAGUUCUCAGGCUCACCUGUGCCUCCUUGUGUUUCCCCUCCACAUGCAAACAGCAGCCUGGUCCUCUCCGUCCACCUCUCCUUGGGGUCCCUCACAUGCACCUCGCCCUUCUGCUGUGGGCCCCACACCGAAGCCUGCUCCCCUCCUCCCUUCCCGGGCACUAGGGUCUCUCUGUGGCUUCCCUGCAGAUGAUGUGUCCCGGAGACUCCUGUCCCACUGCCUUCCCCCAUAGCACUUCCCACACUGGUGUGCUGUGUAGCACCGUCCCACGAGGUGCUCAGAGGGUUCCAAGAGGCACAGGCUUGGAAAAUGCUGGGUGAAAUAAAAUUGGACAGGGUUGUUUGG